AUGAAUUCCAGCAUCGAGCAUGUAUGGGGCUGGGGCCACCUGCAUGGUGACGUAAUCGCACAAAUCCCUAUCAGAAUCAACACUUCUCUAAUCCCUUCAGGAAUUUUCAUAGAAAAAGACCAUUCUGUAAUGUGGACUUCAAAAGCAGUUUAUGCUUGGGGAAAGCCCUCAGUAGAUAUCUCAAAUCAAUUAUUAUUGCAAGACGAAGAUGUCCAACCGAAACAAGUUUUGAUACACAACAAAAAUACAGUGAUUUUAAAGUCGCCAGGCGGGCUUGGAGUGUUUAGUCAUGAUAACGAAGGAUUGAAGAAAAAUUUUGAAAUUGUCUUGGCUCAUAAAGUCAGGGCAAUUGAUCACACUAGGCACAGCUUGAUUGCUUUGGAUAGUCAUGGCAAAGUUUACAACAUUGCCGGCGAUCUUGUAAAACAGAAAAUCAGAGAAUUAAAUAAUUUAAAAGAAAUAAAGCAAAUUGCGUGUGGAUAUAAUCACAGCUUAGCACUUGAUACUUAUGGGGAUGUUUAUUCCUGGGGAUCUGCGUCCGAUGGGAGGCUUGGAAAUGGAAGGUCUGGGUACUGUGAAGAGCCUGUAAAGAUUGAAAAUUUAUCAGAAUCUAUUGUAAUUGUGGCCUGUGGAUAUCUCCAUUCUGUUUUAGUUUCAGUUUCGGGUGCGUUGUAUACUUUUGGGUUUAAUGGAUACGGCCAGCUUGGAUUAGGGACUACAUCUAAUGCAGUAAUUCCAACUUUAUGCUUAUCAUUGUCAAAUAAUGCAGUUAUAAAAGCAGCGUGUGGUGCUUUUCACACAUUUGUUCUAUGUGAUGAUGGGAUGAUGCAUUGUAUGGGCUUAGGAACGAGAGGGCAAUUGGGGAACGGAUCAUGUGUAAAUUCAUUAGUCCCAGAACCUAUUAGUUUACAUUUAAUAGAUUCUUUUGAUCAAGCAAACCUUAUAUGUGGCUCCGACUCUACAUAUAUAAUUAUUCGAGGGAGGUAUGAAAAUAACAGUUAUUCUUUUAGCUUUAUAAGCACCAGUGAAAGCUCUGAUAGGCUUGAAGGCUUGUAUCUAGAUACAGAAACCUCCUUUAGGCCGACAAAUCUUCCACCAAAAGAUCCAUAUGAGCUAGCCUUACAGAAAAAACUUAUUGCAGAACAAGCUAGGAUUUAUCUGCAAAGAGUCAAAGAAAAAGAAAGAAAAAAUAGGCUUAAAGUAGAACAGCAGCUCAGAAGGGAAGCCAAAAUACAGAAAAGAAUGAGAAAAUGAGAAAAUGACAUUUUGCCUUUCUGAGACAGAAUGAGGAGGACUAGCAAAGUAGAAAAAUUAUGCAUGAAAGGAAUUCCACCAAAGGUGCGAGGCGAAGUAUGAGCUAGACUGCUCCCAAAUCCUUUAGGGAUUUCUCAAAGCUACUUCAAGAUAAAUGUAGAUAAAGCGAUAAAAUUUCAAGAAACAAUGAGAGAGGAGCAUGAAUUUGUAGGAAAAGAAAAAUCAUUAAUGUUGAUAAGUCUAGAUGUAACACGAACAUUUAGCCAGCUUGGGUAUUUUUGUGAUGGGAGCCCAUUAAGCAAGGGUGAGGCGGAAAAAAAUAUACACUGUAUUUUUUUCCUACAGUUUCCCACAGUCAAAUUUGACAUAAAAUUUUCCCAUUUUUUUGAAACGAUAGGAAAAAAAUACAUGGAAAAGAAAAACAAAUUCGAAACCAGGGCGGAAAAAAAUUCAACCCCUAAAAAUGAAAAAAAACCGCAUGAAAAAAAUACACAUAAAAAAAAAUAUUAAAUUACUAAUAUUUAAAAAGAAGCAAAGAAAAUGUUUUAUUAAAUAUAUGAAUGACAAUAGCAGUCAUUGCAUUUGCUAUAAAUUCGCAUAAUAGAUAAAAAAUAGAUGCAAGAACUGUAUCAUAUGCUUUAUAGUAAAAAGUUUUCUGUGUUUUUUUCCAAACCGCAUGAAAAAACUACUAUAAAAAUUUGAAAUACAGAUCUUUAAGUCAAAUAGAGUUAAAAAUAACGAAAAACAGUCCCAGCUUAAAUUUCUCUUUAAUAACGAGAUUUUAAGAAUAAAAUUAAUGCUAAAUGUUAAAAGAUCAGUUUAAAAAAAAAAUUAAAAACAGAAGGAAAAAAAUUCAAAAUUUUUUUUCUAAAAAAAAACAGCAUGAAAAAAAUAUCAGUAAAAUUUUAACAGUCUAAAUUUCGGCAUGAAAAAAAUACAAUAGAAAAAAUUUAGUAGGGAAAAAAAAAUACAUAUAAAAUUUAUAUAUUUUUUUUAAAAUUUUUUAAUUAAAAAAAUCCAAAAUAUCUAAGGAUGAGUUAUCCAAACUCUACUGUGUGUGAUUAGUAAUAAUAACUGAUAAUAAAACGAUUAAUUAUUUAUAUUUCUAAGUUUUAUUCCUUCUGGUUUGGAGUCGAUUACACUGCGCUUAAGCCCAGCUGAUCAACUCUUCUUUUAAUUGUCUAUUGGAUGGUUCUAACUCCCCCCCAAUUAAUAGCGGACGAAAAAAUCGUCCUCUAUUAAAAAAGUUCGAUAUUUAUAAAUAUUUUUCUAUUUAAAAUUUUUUAUAAACGGCUGAAAAAAAAUGCAUUUUUAAGUCAAAAGAGAAGCACUAAAUCUAAUAAAAUGGAGUUGAAUGGAGAAACCAGAAAGAGAAAAGACUAACAGCUGGUGAUAAGCUAGUUAUUGCACAAUACUACCUGGAUCAUCAAAAUGAAGGUCUUUCAUAUGAAGAUAUAGCCUACAAGUUCAAUAUAUCAAAGUCAAGUGUCGGCGAAUUAGUAAAAGGCAUUCAUCAAUUGAAAAGGGGAGAUCAAGGUUUAAAGAAAAGAAAGCCAGAUGCAUAUUAUUAGCUCUCAUAAUUUUUUAAUACCUUUGCGCUUAAAUUAAUUCUAUUUAAAUAUUCCCAUCUUUAUUUCAUUGGCUCUAGUAAAUUUAUGUUAUGCUUUGUUAUGUUAUGUUAUAUUAUGUUAUGCUAUGUUAUGUUAUGUUAUGUUAUGUUAUGUUAUGCUAUGUUAUGUUAUGUUAUGUUAUGUUAUGUUAUGUUAUGUUAUAUGUUAUGUUAUGUUAUGUUAUGUUAUGUUAUGUUAUGUUAUGUUAUGUUAUGUUAUGUUAUGUUAUGUUAUGUUAUGUUAUGUUAUGUUAUGUUAUGUUAUGUUAUGUUAUGUCAUGUUAUGUUAUGUUAUGUCAUGUUAUGUUAUGUUAUGUUAUGUUAUGUUAUGUUAUGUUAUGUUAUGUUAUGUUAAGAUGCUAUGUAUUUUAAGUCCCUACUUUGCCGCCGUGACGUUUUAUGGAGAUAACCCCGUAAGGUGGCUAAGGCGUGGCCGCUUCAAGCCCGGUCCGAAACCCCGGUUUCUCGGUAGAGGUGAUGACCAACUGACCGCCUCCAUUUCCAACUUGAUUCGUCGCCCUGAAUCUUGCGUCAACUCUGUCCGUACGUCGCCAAAUCUGCCCACUGAAGGGCACCUUUUAAUUGGGGAGAACCCCGAUCUCUCGUCUAAUUUGCCUUCCCCUCUUUUCCGGUCAUCCCGAGAAAGAACUCAACAGCUUUCGCCAUUUGGGGCAAAUCACAAAAGCAGCUUAGGCAGGUAUGUCGCCCUGCCUCAUUUCUGACACCACACUAGGCUGGGCUCUGCUGGAAAAAAGGAGUCACGAAUAACUGCCCAAGGAUCUUGGUCACAAAAACAGCGAUCUUUGCGCUUAGACCUCUCGCUUUGAGGUACAAAGACAUAGCUGGGCCAAUUCCUGGCUCCAAAAACCAUGCCCGGAUAUACACAGGUAACUGUCUUAAGAGGACGGGUCGGAAGUCAUCCGCCAUUUUAUGUAUAUUAGUAAAUUUAUAAUGAACGAUUAUCUUAUAUAAUUUAAAAAUUUUUUAUAGUAAAAAAAUUUCCGUUAUUAAAUGGUACCUAAGAGUCCAUUUUUAGGGAAAAAAAACAUUGAUUUCAUCCGCUAUUUAUUUGGGGGGGAGUUAAAUAUUUUGGAUUUUUUUUAAUUAAAAAAUUUUAAAAAAAAUAUAUAAAUUUUAUAUGUAUUUUUUUCCUACUAAAUUUUUUCUAUUAUUAUUUUUUCAUGCCGAAAUUUAGACUGUUAAAAUUUUACUGAUAUUUUUUUCAUGCUGUUUUUUUUUUACUCCCCCCCCCCCCCCCUCCGUGAGCGAACAAAAAAAUUUUGUUCGCUCACGGAGGGGGGUUAAUUUUUUUUUUUUUAAAAAAAAAUUAUAUAUAUAAAUUUAUAAAAUAUAUUUUUUUCGAAAUUUAAAAAAAUCCUAAUUUGCAAAAAUUGGGAAGCAAAUAUUAAUUUAAUUUGCAAAAUUUAUGUUUUAAAACGCAAUUUGUUUAAAAUUAAACAGAAUUAGCUCUAGAUUUCAUUAUACUAAUUAUCACUUAUAUAUCAAAAUUUUUUUCCAUUAAAAUUUUUUCUAUUAAAAAAAUUUUUGUUCACUCACGGAGGGUGGGUUUUUGGUCAAAAAAUGGCGAUUUUUCUAAUGGUUUUGUUCGCUCACGGGAGGGGGGGGGGGGGGGGAGUUAGAAAAAAAAAUUUUGAAUUUUUUCCUUCUGUUUUUAAUUUUUUUAUUUAAACUGAUCUUUAACAUUUAGGCAUUAAUUUUAUUCUUAAAAUCUCGUUAUUAAAGAGAAAUUUAAGCUGGGACUGUUUUUCGUUAUUUUUUAACUCUAUUUGACUUAAAGAUCUGUAUUUCAAAUUUUUAUAGUAGUUUUUUCAUGCGGUUUGGAAAAAAAACACAGAAAACUUUUUACUAUAAAGCAUAUGAUACAGUUCUUGCAUCUAUUUUUUAUCUAUUAUGCGAAUUUAUAGCAAAUGCAAUGACUGCUAUUGUCAUUCAUAUUUAAUAAAACAUUUUCUUUGCUUCUUUUUAAAUAUUAGUAAUUUAAUAUUUUUUUUUUGUGUGUAUUUUUUUCAUGCGGUUUUUUUUCAUUUUUAGGGGUUGAAUUUUUUUCCGCCCUGGUUUCGAAUUUGUUUUGUCUUUUCCAUGUAUUUUUUUCCUAUCGUUUCAAAAAAUUGGAAAAUUUUAUGUCAAAUUUGACUGUGGGAAACUGUAGGAAAAAAAUACAGUGUAUUUUUUUCCGCCUCACCCAUUAAGCAAGGAACUCAACAACUUAUUAGGAGCCUUUACAUUAUGUAGGCCUGAUAUUGGCUAUGUUCAAGGUAUGAGCUAUGUGGCAGGUCUCCUAUUGUUAAAUCUUGAAGUGUACCGAGCCUUUGUUGUUUUCAACAGCCUUGUGGCGUCUCCAGUUUUGAAUCCAUUUUACAGACUUGAUGAGCCCGAAAUCCAAACACGGGUUCAAAUAUUCCGAUCAAUCUUUAGGCAUAAUCUUGCAGAGCUAUUUGACCAUUUUGAGUCAGAAGGAGUUCAAACUUAUUCGUUUAUUCCUGAAUGGUUUAUAACAAUUUAUGCAAAAGUCCUUAAUAACGAAAUCGCUUGCAGGAUAUGGGACUGGUAUUUUUAUAAAGGCACAGUUGUUUUAUUUAAAACUGGCGUUGCUGUAUUAAAAAUUGUAAGCUCGCUAUUAUUGAAAGAAGAUAUAAGCGGCAUAAUGGAGAUUUUAACCAAUAUUGGACAAUAUGUAAAUCAAGACGAUUCAAUUAUUAAAGAAAUUGAAGGAAUUGAAAUUGUUGGGGAAAUUGGAGUUGAACUUGAGCAGCUGGAAAUUGAAAACUUAUAA